UACGCUAGCGUUGUAUAAACAAAUUAACUUUUUUUUAACUUAAUAAAAAGUCAACAAAAAGUGUGUAUUAACUUUUAACUUAACUGAGUUAACCUAUAGUUAAAUUAACCUUUAACUUUUAACUUUUUGUUAUUGGUGCAUAUUAACUUAACUGAGUUAAAUAAAUCAUUAACUUGCCCAGCCUUGCUAAUAGGUAAAUAACACGAGUAUUUUUUUGUUCAGUCUCCACUUUAUUUUGUAGAUCUAUCCCCACAUGAAAUGAUUUUGAAGAAAAUUUAGGCACGACUCCCAAUACCUAUAUGUGGGUGAGUGGGUGACUUUUUCAAAGCACUUUCAUCCUACUCGCGGUAAAAUGUCGAUAAAAGAUAAAAUGCCACAGUAUAAUAGCUAAUAUAGUAAUAUUAUAUACUACACGAACAGUCAUAUCGUUGCAGCAACAGUUCCCAUUGUUGUCCGUGUCACGAGGUCAUGGUGCCUGUACAUAAAAUCGCGUACGGCGUAUCGGUGCUCGUCAAACACGUGUUCGAGACGCGUCAGUUGUUGGAAAGGUGGCUGCAGAAAACCGACCAUGCCGUACAAAGGUCCGAAAUCCAAUUGAGACUUAGGGCCGCCGCUGCCGAGGCGAAGCAUCUGGCUGGUAAGCUGACAUUUUUGGUGAUUGACGUGAACCACACCACCGGCACACCGGAUCAGAUCGAAAUGCUCAUCAACGUCUAUGACGCGUGCUUCAGACGUUUCAAGAAGAUCACGAAAAUCGUGCGCCGGAUCGAAACGCCAGAGCAGAAGGAAAAUUACGAUAAUUAUCGUUGCGGCCUGUCGACGACGGAUCAAAAUUGAGAUAUUAAAUUAAUAAAUAAUAUUACAGGAUGAUAAAGAGCAAUUAAUAUUAAUCUAAAAGGUUUCGAUAAUUUUAUAUUACAGUUGUCAGUUAGAAUAAAACGAACAACACUAAACAUUUCCAAUGUAGUUAAGAAGUCUUGUUACCCGCAUGUGCUGUCUACGUCUUACAAAUGUACAACAUACCCAAAAACUGUUUUGCGCGUAACAACUUUACUCCCUUUGUAUUUAUAGUAGAAUUACCAAAAUUCCACAACGCAUAGGGUAGAGCUUUAUCUGUGACGUAGCGUUUUAAUUGUUUUGAUAACAUUAACCAAUCAUUUUAAAUAAUUAAAUGAAAAAAACCAAAAAAAUUCGAAAAAAAAAGUUCUGAAACUGAUAACUUUAAUUGUAUUUAAUAUGUGAUCCAAAAAACAAAAAUUCUAUAAAGUCUUAUUACAAAACAGGCAGUGUCGUGGAAGUUAUACGAAAGUGGUACCCGCGACGUCGUCGGUUAAAACCUAAAAAAAAAGGUAUUACAAUAUUACUUACUAGGUACAAAAUAUAAUAUUAAUUAUUAUCGUAUGAUUCGAAGGUAUGUAUUCAAUUUUAAGACCGUUUGUAAUGUUUGUAUAGUAAUAUUAUUUUUUUUAUUUUAUAGACCAACACGAAUUAUAAUUUAUAGCUAUACAAAAAAAGUACACAUAAAUAGGGAUCAAAAUGCCGGAAAAAUUUGUAAAAAACCGUUUUUUUCCCAGAGCAAGGAAAAAGUGGAAAAAUUGGAGAAUAUUAAAAUAAUACAUUACCAAAACAACGGAAGUUUUCGGAAAAUUAAAAUUUAAAAAAUUGUAUUUACUCUUAAAAAUUAAAAUAAUCUAUGUAAAAAAAACCAUGGUAAAAAUAGAUAGGAAACCUGUCAUUAUCAUUUCACAUUU